AUGAACCCAGACCCUCAGGCGCUCAUCUCAAUUGGCUUCGCCAUUGCAGCGGCUUUCCUUUUCUGGACCCUCUCCUCAACCACAACGUCCCCUUUUGCCCGCACAUUCCCGCAGCUCUACAACAAGCGGAUAUGUCUGCUCAUCGCGCACCCCGACGACGAAGCAAUGUUCUUUGCGCCGACAUUGCUGGCUUUAACAAAGCCAGAGCUAGGGAACCAUAUCAAGAUUCUGUGUUUGAGUAGCGGGGACGCCGACGGCCUGGGCCACAUCCGACGCGGCGAACUCCAGAAAAGCGCAAAACGCCUAGGCAUUCGCGGAGAUAACGACGUGCUGGUUCUCGAUGACCCACGGUUCCAGGAUGGGAUGGGGAACAGUUGGGCGAAGAACGAGAUCGCCGCGCUACUUACUGCAACGUUUGCGCCGAACGCAUCAGCAUCCGCGUCCAAGUCGAUGUCGCGCAAACAAGCAAAAUCUAGAGACGAAGCGCCCACCGCUACAAUCGACGUCCUCCUGACCUUUGACGCCCACGGUGUAUCGAACCACAUCAACCACCGCUCGCUCUACCACGGCGCGCGCCAUUUUCUCAGUAUGCUGAUGAAAGAUAAAUCCGGGUAUUCGUGUCCUGUUACGCUGUAUACACUUAGAACGACGAAUCUGCUACGGAAGUAUAUCGGUGUACUGGAUGCGCCGUUUACAAUGGUCAAGGGGGUUUUGGAUGGUUUGUUUGCAGUUUCGUCGUCUAAAACUAGGAAAAACGCCAAAGACCAAAUGCCGGCAAAACUGCUCUUCGUUAGCUCCGUGGGCGAGUGGAUGACGGCACAGUCGGCUAUGGUGAAGGCGCAUCAGAGCCAGAUGAUUUGGUUUCGAUGGGGGUGGAUUGGAAUUGGCAGGUACAUGGUCGUUAACGAUUUGAAGAAGGAGGGGCCCUCGCCUUACUGAUAUUUCAUCUGGG